GACAUUAACUGUGUGAAAAAUUUUAUUCUCAUUGGCAGUUAUCAAUAUUACAUAAGAUAAAAAUCCAGGCAGUACAUCAUGGCCCAUUCCAGCCGAAUUGUGCCGAUCCGAAUCGAGAAGUGGACUCUGCAACGCGUCUCAAUGCCAGAUUGCUCGUCUGUAAGCUCUUUGGAAGAAGAUUGCGGAUCAACCGAAUCCGAGGAUAUGUCUAUCAGCCCAGACACAUCCUGCCGCUCGAGUGCGGACGCGGACAAGAGUUUCGAUCUCGACAAUGAUUUCCGCGAGAAAUUGACCAAAUAUGAAGAUAUAAUCGAAAAGAUCGAAAAUUUACGGCUUGCGCGCAACGACGAAGACAAUAAAGAUGCCAAUAAGAAUGUCGACAGGACGCGCCACAUCAGUAGCGAAAAUGUGGACAACCUGGAGUAUCGGAACAGUUGUAAAUUAGAUCAUCAUACCGGUCAUACCGAUAAUGAGGAUAUUAACAACAACGAGGAUAAUAUCACGACUGAUGACAAUAAAGACUACUCGCCGCUUAACAUAUGCGACGACAAGAAACGAUACCAUCCUUUGUACGAUGGGAAUUCUCUGGACGACGAUUCGGAGUCCGAACAAACGAGACAGCAAGAGCAGGAGGAUUCCGACGAUUCCGAUCUAAUUCAACGAGGACCAGUCAAGCCAAAUUUUCAAUCAUCUCGUGCAUUAUCAUAUCCUUACUCCAUGAUGACCUGGUUACAAACGACGCGUGCAAACGACAGCGCAGAUGCCGCCUACGCAGUAGACUACGACAAAACUGCCGAGCAAAUCCUGAGGAAUAAGGAUUACAGCGAGAAACUGAAUCCUUGUUUAGACCAGCUAUCGGAUUCGAGUCGAAAUCAGACGUUGAUCGGAGCGAUGAACUUGGGGAUGGAACCCAGUUGGAUCGGGGAGAAUGAUAAAAAUAUUUUCCGUAACGGAGAUUCCAGCAAUGAUACCGCGGCACUUCCCUCCAUAGUUGUCGACGAUCCGGGAGAAGAGUCCUUGAUGGACAUCCUGUCGCAUGGCGGUUUUCAAGCCGCAUUGCUCUCAGACGCUGGCAGUCACUCGAUUCCCUCGCCAGGCGCGAAAACCUGGUCGGAUUCUCCAGCGAGCAGCUACAACUACGUUGUCUCGAGGUCGAAUAGUCGGGCGUCGAGUCGCGCCCAAUCACCGGGUUCUGCUACGAACGUGGAGUCACCGCAGAUGCACGUCAACGUCAUCGGCAGCCCGCUCGGUUCACCGCAGGUUGCAUCGACAUACCGUGUGCCGCAAACGUUAUCCUCCUCAUCCUCGUCCAACCAAUCCUACAGCGACGUGUCCAGCCCGAAUUAUCAAACACCCCUGAAUUAUCAGACUGAAGAACAGCUUGGUGAGUCCCUGUCCGGUUGGAAAGGCAUCUACGAGUCUUCAGGGACGAUUGUUAACAGCAGCGACACAAUCGACUGCGCGUUGCUUCAACUUGUGGAGCAGGUCAUAGAAGAGGAUAAGCAGAGCAAAGCGUUGAAGGAACCGCAGGUUGUCUCUAAUACCUCUUGCUACUCGUCAGUCUAUAACGACCGGUGUGUGUCCGUACAAACAUUGGGGAGUGAUGUGAAUCCCGCAUCCAGCGAAUGUCCUGGGAGCGGCAUGCGUAGCGAAAAGCUGGAGGCUUGUUUGAGCAUACCUAACACAGACUCCAUCCAGGUUGAGAGUCUAUCCAUCAAUAGUGACCUUAUAUCGGUUUAUGCGAGCAAAGGGACCACAGGAGGAUGUGCAUUCGUGAAUCGCGCGGUGAACGGCCACGCGACAAACAUGGAACCAAGGUAUUACGAACCGCAUGCGAAGAAUGACCAAGUCAACACAUCAGUUAUGCCGCAGCACGAUGCGAACACCUUGCACGAGCUCGGACUAACCGAUGAGACAUCCGUAAAGACAUCUGAACAGAACUUGAGGACGUCACAGGAGAAGUAUACGAUGUUCCAUGCCGCCGAUGGAGAAAAGAGAUACGAUCAGCCAUCGUCAAUGUUUGUACCCAGCGAUUAUCAAAUACCAACGAUGGUCUCCUCGUUUGUACCCAACCACUCUCAGAGGAACUUAAAACGAGGCAUAGUACCGUGGCCUUCGCUAAAUUUACCGUCUGUAAGAGCGAGUGAGAGGCUGAAGGAAGGAUUGCAUCCUAAGGAAGUGGAAAGAGCCAUGAGUAAUCUGCUGAAAAAAUCCAUUGAGGAACUGGCAGCCACAGAUGAGGAUGGUGACACAGCGCUAAUGUGCCUGGUGGGCAAUCCAGAGGAAUUGACAAAGAAGAAAGCUUACUUGGUGCCAUUGGUCGAGAGAUUGGGCAACCUGCCGAGCGCUCUAUCAAUGGUGAACAAUCGCAACGAAGACGCUUUGUACUUGGCCGCUAUGAAUUGUCCGGAAAUGCCAUACGUCACCGGAUAUCUAGCUGCCGCAAUGUUACAGAAAGGGAUCGAUAUCAACCAAAGAUUAUACCACAUGCGCGGCGAUACGCUGAUACAUUCGAUUGUAGCACGCGGCGAUUCUCACGGGGAGGUCUUGGCGGAAUUGUUAGCAUUGAAGACAGCGCAAGGAAAUCCCGUGUUUGAUUUAUCGAGGUGUAAUUAUGAUGGGAGAACCGCUCUUCACAUCGCAGUCGAAUCGCACGAUCUUUCUGGACGAGGCGUCAAGUCCUUGGCCAUAACGGAUCUUCUCUUGAAAAACGGCGCAAACAUCAAAAUCAAAGAAAGCAAAUGCGGCGACACCGCUUUACAUAUGGCAGCUUCGUUGAGUUGCGAUCCUGCACUCGUGAAGAUAUUACUGCGCAAGGCUACUUUGAAUGAUGUGAACGAAACCAAUUACAUGUACAACACGCCGUUGCACAUGGUCGCCGCUGUUUCGAGUACCGUAGACUUGGAGAAGCAGAAAGACGUCUGUCGGUUCUUGAUACAAGCUGGAGGCCAGACGAACAUACAGAACCGGCAAGGAAAAACGCCGCUGGCGCUCGUGUUACCGGAAAGGAAAGAAGCCAUCAAGAGGAUAUUCUAUAAGAAAGCGUGAUAACGAUAAAAGACAUUGAAAUGAGCUCAAUGAUGGGCAUUACAUAAGACUGAUUUCUGCGGAAGUAUUUAGGAGCACUUGGACUCUUUGGCGGUUUCCGCUCCAUUUUGUAAACUAAUUGCAAUAGGAUUCGCGACAUUCAUCACGAGCAAACUCUCAAGACUGUGACUCAAGUCAGCAAGGAGUACCAAUGAUACGUAUAACAUUAUUAGUUGCAUAAAAUUAUUUGAAAAAUUGUUGUAAUCCCAAAUUGCGCGAGUCAUUAAGGAAAAAACGUAAUUUA